AUGGAUAGCAAGCCAACCAAACCACGAUUUGCUGACUGGCUGCGCCGAUCUUCCAGCCAGGCGAGCUCCGAACCGGUGAACGCGGAACAGCAAAUCAUGGAGUUUCUAGGAGCAGGCUCUAGAAAUGAAAUCUCUACCGAGUGCUAUGAGCAGCCACCUGCGUAUGGGCGAAGCGAAAUAGCCACGCUACACCAAGCGGACAGCAUUCAUAUGCGCCAACGCCAUGAUGGGCCCAAAACCGUUUAUAAAGCUCUCCCUCCUCCCCUUCGAUCCGCGUCCCAACCUCCUAUGAUCCCCUCUCCGAGUUCUGUCACCCAUCAUCCCCCUUGGAAUGAACCACGACCGGGCACGACUUCCCCAUUCGGGCACCGGCAAAGAGAACUCAGUGGAAACAACGUGGCCAACAGCACGAGAUUGCAUGAGCGCCUCGGUAACUUAUUCCAACCAUACGUUGAAACAAUUAAGCCAGUACAAGAAAUCACAAUCGAUGAGUGGCUGAGAGCAGCAAUCUGGUGGGCUCUUCGUGGGAAAGUGGUCCUAACGCGUGCCCAAACCUCGAGUGACUCAAACUUCAUCCCUGAUGAGGAGGAUGAGAUUUCAUCCAUGGCGAUGGCACAAGGUCUGAUGGACCUAGGCAAGGCAUGGUGGAUUUGUCACCAGGUCAUCGCCCAAGAUGACUUUCGAAUCAUCACUGCCGACCCUCGGAUCAAAACUACUCCCCGAGGCGACCUUCUCGAUCAGUACCGCUGUGUCCUCAAAUAUCUGCGACCGUACGAGAGGCAGUUAGAAACCACCUUUCUAGGGCGUACAGACUUGGGUCGGAUGAUGGAUUUUGAGAAAUCCCUUUGGGUUUUCUAUGCGCCCGUCACGUCUUACGAUGCUGCCAUCCUCAACGACCAACGACUCGCAGCAUGGAGCAUACCCCUUGCCUUUGGCGACACAGAGGAUCUCUUCCACUAUACAAGUGAGUUUGUCAAGGUGACCUUGUUCGCACAGGAGGAAUAUUCCCUCGCACACUCAUUUUACUGCAUGUUCUCAAUUAUCCGAACCCGCUCCAACUGGCAAACUCUGGGGGUGAUUGCAAGCCAAACAGACCUUGUGCACAUCACAAUCCAUUCCAACGGAAAACAAGGACCGAUAUGGAAGGAGAUCGAGUGGGAUGUGGGCAGAUUGUCGAUGCUCGUCAAGCUUCGCCAUGGUCUUUUCCUCGAUGUCAAGUUCAGCGAGGACAGUUUCAAACAGUUCUGGGAGGCGGCUCAUCAUACCGUCCUGGCUGAGAUAGACAUGGUUGCCGGGCAGGAUGAAGAGAUCCUGUUCGACGAUGCUAUCAAGACUUGUCAUUAUAUUAACCACGACAAGCCGAUCGAGUUUCCUGCCAAGCCAGUGAAGGAAUGCCGUAUGCGCCUUUUCAAAAGAACCGCUACAGUGUAUUCAGGACCCAACAAUCGUCGAUCGCACCGUGGCUAUCGCCUCUUCAUCUCGACUCCUCCACACAUGAAGGCAAUGCACCAAAUAUCCCAUAACUUAGGAAAUGAAUCUCCUAUAGUGUAUAGCCUGUUGGAUGCAGAUGACGGCUCUCCUGGUUUGUUUUUGCAAAUAGUUGAGGAUGGCCAAAGGCGUUCCGUCUUCCUAUACUACCAUCAUGCCGAAUCGCGCACUUUAAUGCACUCGCUUCUUGUCGACCUAGUUCCUGGCCCAGGCGAGACUGCUCUCCGAACGUUUCCCGUCAGUUCAUACGUUAUUCUGGAACGCCAGACCCGGGAGUCAGGAGCCCAGGGUGCUCGCCACCUUGAGUUCGGUGAAAGUCUAGCAUCAGUCAUUGAACAGGCACAGGAGCCUGAGUUCAUCUCAAACCCGUAUGGGAAAACAACUCUGUCGGAGAACUUGCGAGUCAUUAUUGAAUCAGACUGGGGAUCUAUUACGGACCGCAUUAACAUCGGGCCUGGCGAAUUAACGAUCGGUCUAUCGGUUCUCGACGAUACUGUCCUUCAUCUUCAUCGACAUUCGCAGGAAGACCUCACCAUUACAGUCGCUCAGGGCUUGGCCAGUAACGGUCUUCAGAACAAGGUUAUCGACGUUCUUCAGGCACUUCAAACAGAGCCCACUAUACGGAGAAUCAAAUUUGAAACGGAAAAGGACUUGCAUCAUUUUCAAGAAGCCAUCACGGGAUUCAAGGUUAUCUUUGACACUGUUGCCACCCGCUUCUUUAUUACUCGCCGCCGCAAACUCCUCUCGACCCUCAAACACUGGGACGCCAACAUAACCCGCAUUCAAGUCGUGCAACGUGGUACAAAGACGCAAGUUGUUGCUUUCUUCCAUCAAUUCAAACUCUGGAAAUGCAUAAACUUCGCCGUGAAGAACAUGGAUGAAUUCGAAAGGGUCGAUCAAAAGGGUGAAUGGGGAGUACGGAUCAAGGAAGCGAAGUAUGCACCGCCAGCGGCAGACUCGGGGGUGUCCUGGUAUGGAUUUGUCUGUUUGGAAGAAAUGGAAUAUCCGACUGAACAUGACGACAUGAUCGUUAUGUUUGGGCAACCGACAGUCCGAGAAAGGUUCGUUGCCUGCCUACCCGGAUCUGUUGGGGAUGCACCAAAAGGGCUGCUAUGUUGGUGA